AUGUCACUAGUACCGUUGAAGCCUGAUUUGCCGGUAUUUCUAAGGCCGUACUUGCCUCCUGAUAACGAUUCUAAACCGUUUAUUACUCUGACAUACGCCCAAUCACUGGAUUCGAGGAUCUCUAAAGGUCAUGGUAUUAGAACCACUAUUUCACAUCCAGAGACGAAGACUAUGACCCAUUAUUUGAGGUACCAUCAUGACGGAAUCCUGGUAGGGACAGGUACGGCAUUGGCGGACGAUCCUGGUCUCAAUUGCAAAUAUAACGAUGCUAUGGAUCAAUCACCAAGACCCAUUAUCCUAAACCACAGUGGUAAAUGGAAGUUUAACGGUUCCAAAUUACAAGAAUUGUACGAGAAGGGCCAUGGUAAAAAGCCGAUUAUAGUAGUUUCUGAACUACCGGUGGAUGAGGAUUCAAGUGUCGAUUAUUUGGUAUGCCAAUCUAGACAAUGGAGUAUUUUGUUCGACAAAUUGCAUAAGGAAUAUGGUUUGAAAUCCAUCAUGGUAGAAGGUGGUGCAAACGUGAUAAAUCAACUGUUAAUGAGUUCAAACUUAGUCAACAGUUUGAUUAUCACAGUGGGGCCCGUAUACCUAGGCGAAAAAGGUGUUAGUGUUAGCCCUGCUGGACCAUUACAACUAAAAGAUGUUGACUGGUGGAAGGGUACGAGUGAUGUGGUAAUGUGUGCAAGACUUCACUAA